GACCGUGUUCGUACCCAAAGCAAGUGUUGUCACUCAUCCAUUCACCGACAUCAACAUUCUUUUAUUGCACCGGGAACACUUUUGCACGCGUAUGAAAGUACGGCACGCAACAAUCACGGUGUUUAUGCAUUUAGAACAUCGUUUCUGAAUUCGAUAACAUUGAAUGGAUAGCAUCUGAGCCAAUAAGAAAGAUGCGAAGAUCAACAAGGCUGUCUGGAUUGAUUAGGAUGGCAGGCGCCUUCCGCCAUUCUACAUUAACCAUUGCAAAGAUUCCGAGACGAAGCCAAAGCUCGCUGGCGUCAUCCAUGACGAACAAUACCUACUCAAAACAGAUUCAUGGUAACAGCUUUCGAAAUUCAUUGGCGAGGACGCACAACGCGUAUGGCAUCGGACACAACAAUUUUCAUUCUACCAGCACCUGUCGUAGUCCGGAAAACAAACCAUCAGCAGCAUUUCCGCACCUCCGAUCACCUACAUCCGAACAUGCCCGCGAGCUUUUUCUUUUGAUGAAUUCGAGGCCGGGGAGUCUUUUAACGACGUUAUUGGACUGCACGAAGGAGUCUGGUGAUGCCAACGCUGAAUCGCUUGAGAAGUACAAUGUCGAUUGGACCGGCCACUAUCGAGGUUUCUCUUCGAUUGUUGUACGGCCAAAUUCGACAGAUGAAGUAAGUCGCAUUCUAAAAUAUUGUAAUGAACAUCUAGUAGGGAUUGUUCCACAAGGUGGAAAUACGGGGCUGGUAGGAGGAAGCAUCCCUAUCUCGUCGAAAGAAAUUGUUCUCUCGUUGGAGAAAAUGAACACAAUUGAGGACGAUGGUAGAGAAAGCAAUGUAUUGCGAGCUCAAGCCGGUUGUAUCUUACAAGACUUACAAGACCAUGCCAACAAAAACGGAAGUUUGGUCCCGGUCGAUUUAGGUGCAAAAGGAACCUGUCAAAUUGGUGGAAACGUUUCCACAAACGCCGGUGGGGUAUAUUACUACCGAUAUGGAAGUCUCCACGCAAAUGUUUUGGGCCUCGAGGUGGUGACACCAACUGGUGACGUUCUCAAUCUCGGAUAUAGCCCUGUUUCGCACCUCAAGGACAACACAGGAUAUGAUUUGAAACACAUGUUUAUUGGUAGCGAAGGAACCCUUGGAGUGGUCACAAAGGUAGCUCUACGAUGUCAACCUUCACCGGUAUCUAGGGGAGCGAUCUGGCUGAGCUGUAACUCACUGCAAGAUGUCGUAAAAGUCUUGAACAUCGCUCGUACUGAACGCUUGAGCGAAAUCCUGGCCGCGUUUGAGUUCAUGGAUGGAGAUGUAUUAGAACUGGUUCGUCAGACGCAUCCUUCCAUUCGUUUUCCUCUACUCAACGCUGGUGAUACUGAUGCCCCAAUGCAACCGUAUAGCAUUUUAGUCGAAACGCAUGGAUCUCAUGAUCAACAUGACAGAGAAAAGCUAGAAUCCUUCCUGGAAUGUAUAUUUGAGGAAGGCCUUGUAACAGACGGAGUCGUAGCGCAAAACUUAGGACAGAUAGAAGACUUUUGGAAGAUCCGAGAACUAUGCAAUCCAUCAUCUGCAGCUUCAGGUACGUAAAAGCUAAUACUGAAUACAUCAUGGUUUGUUGUAUGGCUAAUGUUGAAAAAUGCUCUGGAAAACAAUUAGGGCGACACAAAAGAAAACUUUUUGGAUAGAAUGUAACAUUCUCAACGCUUAAAUCUACGUUUUCGAUCUUUAUCAAAAAUGUUUUUGAAAGGCUAUGUUUACAAGUACGACGUGUCCUUGAAGGCGAGGGAUUUCGAAGGUUUUAUCCGUGAUAUGAAGUUGCGGCUAGGUGACGUUUCCCAUGCGUCGUCUUCCGCCGACCACCAUCUACUCUGCGUAAACUGGGGUCACAUUAUAGGUGAGAGUUUCUCUUGCGAGCAUUGGAAUUUGAUUUCAUUUUAUGAUUCGAUUCGUUUCUGUUACACGCAAUUGAUUACUUGCUAACUACAACCACAUUAAUUGGUUCUGUACGAACAUUCUUGCAGACGGAAAUCUUCAUUGUAAUAUUGUCUCAGGUGGAAAAUUUGAAAAGGAUACUGGUUUGGAAAAGUUCAUCAAUGAAUGCGUUUUUCAAGAAGUCAUGAAAAGGAACGGUUCCAUCUCCGCGGAGCAUGGCCUGGGUCAGUAUAAACACAACUACAUGCCGCAAAUCAAAGAUCCACCGACACUUCAAGCAAUGUAUGACGUUAGGAGUCUUUUCGAUCCUAAUGGGAUCAUGAACCCUGGUAAAUACUUGCCUUCUACAUAGGAAAUCUUUCUACAUAUUUUGUUGCAUAUGAAAAGACUGCACGAAGCAAAGGCUUCACGUGACAGAACACUCAAAGAGUUAGGAGCUAGGAUACCCAAAAUGACAACAUUAAAAUGCAGAAUAUGAG